CCAGCUCUGUGGUGGGCAUGGAGCUGGAGUCACUGGACAGGCUGGUGAGAAAAGCCAGCUCUGUGGUGGGCAUGGAGCUGGAGUCACUGGACAGGCUGGUGAGGAAAGCCAGCUCUGUGGUGGGCAUGGAGCUGGAGUCACUGGACAGGCUGGUGAGGAAAGCCAGCUCUGUGGUGGGCAUGGAGCUGGAGUCACUGGACAGGCUGGUGAGGAAAGCCAGCUCUGUGGUGGGCAUGGAGCUGGAGUCACUGGACAGGCUGGUGAGGAAAGCCAGCUCUGUGGUGGGCAUGGAGCUGGAGUCACUGGACAGGCUGGUGAGGAAAGCCAGCUCUGUGGUGGGCAUGGAGCUGGAGUCACUGGACAGGCUGGUGAGGAAAGCCAGCUCUGUGGUGGGCAUGGAGCUGGAGUCACUGGACAGGCUGGUGAGGAAAGCCAGCUCUGUGGUGGGCAUGGAGCUGGAGUCACUGGACAGGCUGGUGAGGAAAGCCAGCUCUGUGGUGGGCAUGGAGCUGGAGUCACUGGACAGGCUGGUGAGGAAAGCCAGCUCUGUGGUGGGCAUGGAGCUGGAGUCACUGGACAGGCUGGUGAGGAAAGCCAGCUCUGUGGUGGGCAUGGAGCUGGAGUCACUGGACAGGCUGGUGAGGAAAGCCAGCUCUGUGGUGGGCAUGGAGCUGGAGUCACUGGACAGGCUCGUGAGGAAAGCCAGCUCUGUGGUGGGCAUGGAGCUGGAGUCACUGGACAGGCUGGUGAGGAAACCUAGGUCUGUGGUGGGCAUGGAGCUGGAGUCACUGGACAGGCUGGUGAGGAAAGCCAGCUCUGUGGUGGGAAUGGAGCUGGAGUCACUGGACAGGCUGGUGUGGAAACCUAGGUCUGUGGUGGGCAUGGAGCUGGAGUCACUGGACAGGAUGGUGAGGAAACCUAGGUCUGUGGUGGGCAUGGAGCUGGAGUCACUGGACAGGCUGAUGAGGAAAGCCAGCUCUGUGGUGGGCAUGGAGCUAGAGUCACUGGACAGGCUGGUGAGGAAAGCCAGCUCUGUGGUGGGCAUGGAGCUGGAGUCACUGGACAGGAUGGUGAGGAAAGCCAGCUCUGUGGUGGGCAUGGAGCUGGAGUCACUGGACAGGCUGGUGAGGAAAGCCAGCUCUGUGGUGGGCAUGGAGCUGGAGUCACUGACAUCAGUUGCAGGUAGGAGGACCCUGAGCAGACUGUUCUCAAUAUUGGACAAUGAAUGUCACCCUCUGCACACCACUUUCUCCAAACAGAAGAACAUGUUCAGUGAUAGGCUCCCGUCUCUGUCAUGCAGAACAGACAGGUUCAGAAGAUCCUUUGUCCCUACUGCCAUACAGCUCUUCAACCACACAUGGAACGGGAGGAGUGUGAUGGAUUUAAGCAUUUAGGCCUGUAUAGCA